AAUUGUUUAAAUGGUAAAAUAAGGACAACUUCCGGAAUGACUGUUACUAGGGAGACGGCUGAAGCAUAGUGUCAACUUUGGGACGCAAACUUCGCAUCUUUACCUCCAGUUAAAUGUGACACUCUACAACGUUUUGUUUCGUCUUUCGUUCGUAGACGUUGAAACCGUUUCCUUCUCCCCGGAGACAGCGACAUGUCGCAAAGGACAUACAAUAAGAUGUGGGCAGAUGCUCAUUUAGAGCUGAGUCGCCUGCUCACUGAGGAGCUGCCUGCUGAGCCCCUCCAUCCGGAAAAAGACCGGGUUGUGUUCUUCCAGCGUGUGGCCAUGUUUUAUGUGCGCUACAUCCAAAUCUUCAGACAGCUGGAGACAGUUUACGACCUGUUGGUCCACCCUCAGAAGAGACGAGUCAUUCGGGCGAUUCUCGAUGGUGUGAUUGGGAGAUUGUUAGAACUGAAGAAUGAAAUGGUGGAGAAAGAGUUUUCAGAAUACCACUACAUGGAUGAUGUGCUUCACGACUUAAAGCUCAGACCUGCAGACCUUGAGAUACCUAUCCCUUGCUAUUUCGUCACAGAAUGCAGCAGAGAACUCAAAGAACGAAAGACAAUGCUGACAGAAAUCCUUAAACUGGUGCAAGUCAGUGAAAGGCCGCAGCCUCCAUUGUUGAAGAAAAUGAGUCCAGAGGUGGCAAUUAAGAUCAUUCAAGUGGCAGAGAGGGCCCGUCAAGGACGCUUGAGGGCAAAGUUGAAUGAAGAGAGCAGAAAUAUGAACAGGAUGUACAGAACCAAGGAACCUGAACCAGCUGACAUUGAGUUGGCAGCACUCUGCAUUCAGAAGGUAUGGAGGGGCCACGUAGAGAGGAAAAAGACAAAGAUUGCUCGGGAUGAAGAAAUGAUUUUUCUGGGAAUGGCCAUGGAUCCAAGACACCAGGUGCCGUGUCCAGCAGAAAUCAAGGCCCAAGCAAAUGAAUCUUGCACACGCAUUAAACAACAGGAGCACGAGGAAGACUUCCAGAAGUCAAUUUUAGCUGUCAGAAAACAACUACGAGAUGUGGAGAGUCAUGACAUGAGUGAGAAAAUGAAAGACCAAAUCCGGGAGUGGUUCAUUGAAUGUCGAGAUGCUACCGGAUCAUUUCCAGACUAUCCUAAUGAUGAGGACGGAGGCUCAGCUCUCAUCUUUGCAGAGAAGAACCCUCAGCAGUUAAUGGAAGAAAUAGCUGAAAAAGAAAAAGAGGAUUCAAACAACAGACCAAAAGUGAAGGAGGAAAAGAGGGAAAAGGGGAAGAAGGAAAAGGGAAAAGCAGAAGAAGAAGAGGAGGCAGGGUUGAAGAUGUUACCUUCUGCUUUUCUGUCUGACUUGGAAGUGGAAAACAAAACCUUUGUUGAUUUUUGGCAAACCCGUGAUGAGUGCACAAAUUUCAACCAAAGGCACGAGGUGGAGCUGAUCAAGGAAGACAAGAGGAAAGUCAUGGAGGCAGAGCUUCGAGUGCAGGUAGAUGAGCAGAUGAGACAAGAGCUUGCUGAAUGGAAGUUAGCUGUGGACAAAGAUAAGGGUGGUAAGACAAAGGCAAACGCUAAGAAAAAGAAAGGCUCUAAGAGUGGAAAGAGGAAGAAAAAGGAGAAAGAUCUGACAGCUGAUAGGACUCUUGAGUCUCUGUGUCAGGAGCUGGUGGAACUGGGCUUGUUGAAAAAGGCCAAUAAUGUUCAUCUGCAGGAUUAUUUGGGGGACUUUAGCUACCUUGGCACAACACUGAGGCAGUAUGACAUUGAGCCCAUGCCAUCAUUGUCAGAUGUACGACAAGUCAUAUCUCUAUAUGCAAUUUUACCACUAGGCUCGCAGGUGGUUCAUGAGAAAGCUCCUCUCAUAAAGGCCAUCCUACUGACAGGGCCGACAGGUGUUGGUAAGAAGAUGUUGGUCCACGCGAUCUGUCACGAGACAGGCGCCACCCUGUUUGACCUGUCACCUCUGAAUACUGCAGGAAAAUACCCAGGCAAGAAUGGCCUGGCCAUGAUGCUUCACAUUGUCUUUAAGGUCGCGAGAUUGCUGCAGCCCUCUGUAAUAUUGAUUGAAGAUGCAGAGAAAAUGUUCUACAAGAAAGUUCCCAAAGAAGAAAAGGAGUUAGAUCCCAAGAGGUUGAAAAAAGAUCUGCCCAAGUUCCUGAAGAUGAUCAAAGGGGAAGAUCGUGUUCUGAUAGUUGGUACAACUCGAGAUCCUCACAGUUCUGAUAUUAAGUCACUAUGUAAAAUGUACAGCAAAAUCAUCCUUAUCCCAAGACCUGAUUAUGGCUCAAGAUACAUUUUAUGGAAGCAACUGAUCAAAAAGCACAGCGGUGAGGUAACCAAGUCCUUGGAUCUCAGCUCUCUCGCCAAGAUUUCUGAUGGCUACACUCCAGGUCACAUGGUCCAGGUGAUCCAGAGUGUCGUCACCAAGCGUCGCAUCCUUCAGCAGGCAAACAAACCCUUGACUGCUGCUGAGUUUGUUGCUCCUUUAGCCAAGAUUGACCCUGUGUUUCAGGAAGAGGAAGAAGCCCUUAAAAACUGGUAUGCAAAAACACCUCUGGGAAAGAAAAGGAUUAAGGCUGCUACAGGAAGAGAAGAAGAAGAUGAAGCCCCGGUUAAAGGCAAAGAUAAAAAAAAGAAAGGGAAAAAAUAAGUCAGUCAUUACAUUUCAAUUUUGGCAGAAUUAAAGAAACCCACAUGUAACAUGAUGAUGCCCAGAGUCCCCAUUAUCUCCCCACAGAAUAAAUAAAAAGCUAAUGUAGCAACCCAAAAAGGAACAGUGUUUUUCUCACUUACGGCAGUGACAUGCCUGUAAAUUGGUGCGAUGGUAGAUGAUCUAAAAAGCACAAUAAAGACAUCUCUGUAUUGUUAAUAUAACUUAGUUGAAAGAGACAGAAGACACAGGUCACUUUUUGAUUCUAAAUUACAAUCACCAUUCUAUUUGUGUUCAUAUCCAUAGUUUAUAAUCAGUAUUGUGUACUAUUUUUGUGAUAUGCUUCAGUGAGGGGAUUCACUGUCUGAAACUUAUUAAGAUACAGUAUUUAUGCCAAUAACAUAAUCCUCAGCUCCUAUAUCCCAUAAGUCAAUGACAUAUACACUGAUAUGAUCUAAAACUAAUUUAGUGGCCUGUCUCUGGUGAGCGGACAUCUAUAGCUAUAAUUAUCAAACCCAACCCUAUGCUGUAAUUAGACAUGCCAAGAUUGUCUUGUUAUAUAUUUUUUUUGGUCAAGGGCAUCUUAUGCUUUACUGUAUGGCUAAAGCUGCCUGGCAAUGACAUGUGCUUAAGUGGUUGACAUUCAUAACACACCACUAUCAUACACCACACACAGCAGCUGAAAAGUGGGUGUUUUUAUGGGUCACAUUCUGGGAUCAGUCGUCUUUGUCAAUAUAUUAUAUUCAGACGUGCAGGACAUAAUGUGUUUAAUAUUGCUGCUGUCAGGUAUACAGAGUCUUCAUCAGAGGAAAUGUGACAUACAGGAGGGGCGAGUGUUACCAAACAAGGAUCCAGAGGCUUAGGUGGGCUGUUCAGCUGUUUUGUCGAGUUCUAAAUUCACUCAACACAUCCUCACAUUACCUUGAUUCCUUUAACAUUACUCUAUAUUUAGAUUAUCAAUAGGAGGUUGCUCACGUAAAAGCCCGUAUUUUAAGAUGCCAAGUUAAUCUCGUUGCUGUAUUUAAUAUCACAGGGCAUAUUUUUAUCCCUAUUUUCAAGGAGUGCAACAACCUUUUUUUAAAUCAGUACUGUA